AAACAGUUCAUUAAUGUGAAAAUAUGGAGUCCAGUGUGCUGCCUCUUAUACUCUUGCUGAUGUCUAACAGCUACUCUAAACAUAUUCCAGAGAGAAAACCUGUUCUGACUGUAAAUCCUAAAACAUCACAGAUAUUCAGAGGAGAGACUGUCACUCUCACAUGUGACAUACAGAUGACAAAAGUGACAGACUGGACAUACGUAUUGCAGUGUGAUGGUGCUGAUGUUCAACACUCUAAUGAGAAAGAGUUCAAGAUUACUGUAACAUACAGCAGAUACAGCCGUAAAUGCUGGUGUUACGCUAGAAGAACAUCUACACAAAUCAGCACUGACUGGAGUGAUGAAGUGUCAUUUACUGUCAUCGUCUCAGACGGUUCAUCUACUCGUCUGGUGAUUUGGGUGGUUGAGGGUCUGAGUAUCGCCUUGUUACUCAUCAUCUUACUGAUCCUGCUGUGGAGAUACAAAAACAACAAAGAUCAGCAGUGUAUCAACCAACAGACAUCAGUUCAGAAUCAGAGGACACGACCUGGAGAAUCCCAGACAGAAAACUGUCCUCUACAGUCUGGUUGUGAUCACAUUUAUGAUAAUCUGGAUACAAUCUAUAAGAAGAGCACAGGAGCAUCAGCAGAUGAGGUCACAUAUUCAGAGGUCACUAUUAAAAACAAGAUAUCUGUGGAUAAAGAUAAUGCCAUGCCCGUGGCAAAUAAUGUGAUAUAUUCAGAAGUCAGAACAAAAGUGAAGAAAUUCAAAAGUAAAGACGUUGAGACUGCAGGACCCGCCGAUUUGACUUUCGCCCAGAUCAAUAUACACAACACAAAGAAAGCCAAGGGCAAAGAUGCUGGAAAAAGAGAUGUUUUAACUGAAAUGAAAACUAAGGACAAUCAAAGAUGGAAAAGCAGUGAGUGUGGAGACACUGUUUACUCUGAUCUGAAGCAGAACACAGACAGAGGUGACAGUGCUGGAGUCCAUGCAACUUAUGCUCAAGAUUUUAAUCACCAAAAGAAAAAAACCCGGAAGUAUGUUCAUCCUGACACCGGUGUCUCCUCCAAGGCGAUGGGAAUCAUGAACUCUUUCGUCAACGACAUCUUCGAGCGCAUCGGUGGUGAAGCGUCUCGUCUCGCUCACUACAACAAGUGCUCCACCAUCACAUCGAGAGAGAUCCAGACCGCCGUGCGUCUGCUGCUGCCCGCUGAACUGGACAAACACACCGUGUCUGAGAUGCAGAUGAUGGGGAAUGAUGCAAGUCUUCUUGUCCUGAGCAGCCAACUCCAUAAUCUCAGUGCUUUUCUGUUUGUGUUUGUUUCCAGGAACACAGAACAUGUUGUGUUAGCAGAUCUGGUACAGCAGUUUCACACUGUUGUCUUGAUGGUGCUGAUGUCUAACAGCUACUCUGAACAUACUCCAGAGAUUCCUAAACCUGUUCUUACUGUAAAUCCUAAAACAUCACCGAUAUUCAGAGGAGAGACUGUCACUCUCACAUGUGACGUACAGAUGACAAAAGUGACAGACUGGACAUAUGGAUGGUUUUGUGAUGGUGUUGAUGUUCAACACUCUAAUGAGAAAGAGAUCAAGAUUACUGCAGUAUACAGCUGUAAAUGCAAGUGUUACGCUAUCAGCACAUCUACACAAAUCAGCACAACUACACUAAUCACCUCUUACUGGAGUGAUGAAGUGUCAUUUACUGUCAUCGAGAGACCAAAACUUGUAGUGACUGUAAAUCCAGAUCAUCAUGUGUUCAGAGGAGAGACAGUCACUCUCACAUGUGACAUACAGAGAGAAACACACACUGAGUGGAGAUACAGCUGGUUUAAAGAUGGUUUAGUCAAUCCAGUCAGCACUGAGAGAGUGUACAGAAUCACAUCUGACAAAUCUCACAGUGGUAAAUACAGCUGUAGAGGAGAGAAAAUCAGUGACUCACAGAGAUCAGACAUCAGUGAUGCUGUUACACUGACUGUAUCAGACUCAAAGCUCAAUCCUGAACUCACAUCAGAUACUGCAGGAGCUGCACUGACAGGAAACACGGUGACUCUGAUCUGUCACAUGACUCAGACCGCUGGAUGGGACUUUUACUGGUACAAACACACACAGAACUCUGAGAAAAAGAAGACAGAAACAAACUCCUACAGAGUCCAUAUUGAUUCAGUGUCUGAUGGAGGUCAGUACUGGUGUAGAGCUGGAAGAGGAGAACCAGUUUACUACACAAACUACAGUGAUGCACUGUGGGUCAAUGUCACAGCUCAACGUCCCUCAGUGUCUCUGAUCAUCAGUCCCAGCAGAAGUCAACACUUCUCAUCUCACUCUCUCUCUCUGAACUGUGAGGAUCACAAUAACUCUACUGGAUGGACAGUGAGAAGAAACACAGACAGUGAGAGAAUGAAAGAUUGUUCAUCUACAGGAUCUACAUGUAAAAUCAGCUCCCUUAAAACAUCUGACACUGGAGUGUACUGGUGUCAGUCUCAAUCUGGAGAAAACGGUCAACAAAUUAAAAUCACAGUACAUGAUGGUGAUGUGAUUCUGGAGAGUUCUGUUCAUCCUGUGAUUGAGGGAGAUACUCUGACUCUACACUGUUUACAUCGAUCUACAAACUCCUCAAUCCUCACAGCUGAUUUCUAUAAAGAUGGAUCACUCCUCCAGAAACAGACGACAGGAGAGAUGAGCAUCCCUACUGUCUCAAAGUCACAUGAGGGUUUCUACUCCUGCAAACACGGAGAGAGAGGACAGUCACCCGAGAGCUGGAUCUCAGUCACAGAUUCAUCAGAUCAGAUUUCUGUCUUACACACUCUCAGUUCUCUUCUGGCAGUUUGUCCAUAUCUGAUCGUGACAGUCGUGCUGGUUUUUAAAUGCUACAGAGCGAGAGUUUCAUCUGUUGAAGAUCAAAGUCAGUAUGCAGUAACAGAGGAAGAAACUUCAAUCUGAAUCUCUUUAAAAAUGUUCAGAAGACUUUUUUUUUACAUUCCUGUUAAAUUACAUAACUUUUAUUUUAUCAUAAAUGUUUCAUUCUUUUUUUAAUUACUUUAUUUUGUUUGUCAAUAUAUAUAAUACAUUUGAAAUACAGUAUUACAUAACCUUAAAAUACAUAAGUUUAUGUUUUUAUGUGCUGUUAUCUGGGCUUUGUGAUGUUUGUCUGUUCUUAAUUCUGAUCUUUAAACAUUAGUUUCAUGUUCUAGAUUGCAUUUAACUUUUUGUUGUUCAAAUAAUUAGUAGGAUAAUAUAUACUUUUGUUUUAUUAUGUGGAUUUGUGUGUAAUCUUGUUUCUUAAAAUUAAUUAAGUGUGCCCUUGGGUGAGCUCUUUUGGUCCAUACAGUGCAAUUGAAUGGGUGCCAAAAUUUUGAAAAGUCAACAUAAA